AUGGAGAACGAAAUUAGUGGAUUGAAAUCCCAAUUGCAUGCAUAUGCUCCAGUUGUAGCUUCACUAAGAGACGAUAUAUCACUCAUCGAGCAUAAUGCACUGCUUCGCUCAAAGGUUAAAGCAGCCGACAAUCGAGACACAGAGUUUCUAGAAGCUAGGGUUGAUCUUCCGGAAGAUCAAUCCCUUGCCAGUUUGCAGAAAUUGCAGAUGAAAGUUAAGGCAGUUGGAAAGUUGAUCGAAGAAUCGAAUAAUAGCAAAAGACAAGAACCUGGUACGAGUGAGAAUGACAAGCUUAAGAACCACUGUCUUAUUAGAGACAAGCACAAACAUAGCAGCCGAAAAACAAAGAUGCUGAUGAAAGAUAUCCCUCUCGAUAUAGUUGUCUCGCACAGCUCAGAACUGAAGAGAGGCAGUGUUAGAACGGACGAUCAUUUGAUGCUCGAGAUGUGGGAAACUGCUGACGUGGACGGGAAAAAUCGGGACCAAACGACAGUCGGAGACUCGCGCAGAAUUUCGUACAAGUUGAGGCAAAGGGAUAAAUCGCAGUACAAAUCCGACCCUCUGUUGACCGAUUCGGAUGUGGAGAAAGAGCUGAGUGUGGUUAACCUAGAGCUUUCGUCAUCAUCAUCAAGAAGAAUCAGUACUACUAAGCCGAAUCAAGAAUCGAACGACGUAAAGAUUCUUGAAAGACUCUCAUCCGAUGCGAAAAAGCUCGAGAAUCUUCACAUGACGGUCGAAAACCUGAGAAUGAAACUGGAGACGAACAAGAAGAUUAGAAAGGCGAAGAGCAUCGAUUACGUGGCGGUUAAACAAGAGCUCUGUGAAACGGAGGACGCGGUAGUGUAUUUAGUGGAUUUGAACAGUCAACUCGGGAAGAAUAUCGAAGAGUGCCCGAAAGAUGAAAUGGCUUCGCCUCGUAUGAGAGAGACCCUAAAAACGUGGAGAAUUAAAGUAACUGAGCAGGCGGAAAAAGGGUCCGAAAAAGUCGAUCAGUUGCAAGUCAGGAUACAGAAGAUUCAAUGCAUGUUGUUGAAAGUGGAGGAUGAGAAAAUGUGUACACUUCUGCGAAGGAUGCAUGAGAGGUUCUUCAGCUACAUUGUGAAGAAUCAGACAGUGUCAGGAGAACUAAGCUCAGAUUACUCUCUUCCAAAUUUGAGAGACUGA